GCUCGCCCGGCGCGUACCAUGCAGAGCAGUGGCCUGGUCCUCUGGCUCGUGGCUGUGGCGUGCGCGUGUGAACCCUGCCAAGCGUCAUCCAGUGGCAGCAGCCACCAGCGGCCCCGCAACCCCUUGCUGGCCGUGGUGCGGGCGGCCAAGGCCCUCCACCACCACCCGCCCGCCGCCCAGCCGCCCCCAUCGCUGCUGCCCUUGCUCCCUUCUAGCGCUCUCCUAGAGUACCCGCACCUGUCCCGCCGCCACCAUGCGGGCCCCGACCUGCCCCAGGGGGCCCUCUUUCCUGCCCAGCACCGCCGCCGCAGCCCCGCGGGCCUCCAGCACCUGCAGCGCCAGCAGAGUGCAGGCGGGGACGACCUGCAGCCGCCGCUUGAGGUGCAGGACCUGCCUGACGACGAGCGAGGGGAAGCCGAGGAGCGGCGAAGGACGUGGAGUAAGCGCGGGCAGCUCAGUGAUGCCCCAGUGAGCGGGGGGGCGGGGGAUGGCCAGGAUGAGGCCGUGGCGGCGGGCCUGCAGCAGGUGGGCGCCUCCAUAGCCACCAACUUCCUCAGGCACGCGCGCUCCGGCCCCAGGCCCUACGACGUCCCCAGGAUCGACUGCCCCGCGGCUGAAGAUCAGGUCGAGAGGUUUCCUUGCCCGUCGCCAGACCGCAUGGGACGAUAUCGUUGUAUUGACGACCACGUGUUGUGUGACGGUUUCAUAGACUGUCCGUCAGGAGAAGAUGAAGACAGACGUCAGUGUAUGUUUUAUAAAACGACGAAAGCCCACUUGGAUGUGUUGGCGGACGCAAUCAUCCGAUGGGCUCGAGGUGGCAAAUAAGUCGAGAGAAGGAGGAACUACAACCCUCCCCCCUUCCCUCCCUCCCCUUCCCUCCCUCCCCUUCCCCCUCCCUCCCCUUCCCCCUCCCUCCCACCCUCCCCUUUUUCCCCCUCCCUCCCCCUUUUCCCCCAAAGCCCCGUCUCUCCUCUCUCCCAAUCUUUUCCUAUAUACAAUGAUAAAAGAUGAAGAGAAGGAGAUAUGAUGAAAUUAUUCCCGUUCUCCGCGCUCCUCCUCUUCUUCUUCCUUCCUCUAUCCCCAACCUUACUCCCACCUCCUCCACCUCCUCCUCCUCCUCCUCCUCCUCUUCCCCCAAAUACGCAAAAUAGCGAACAGUCGACCCAGCCUCCGUCCCCAACAUCCCCCUUACCCCCUACACACUCCACCCCCCCCCCCCCAUACACACAGACAUCUCUUCCUUCCUUCAAACUCCCCCUCCUUCCCCCUUCCCCCCUUCCUCACCCCCUUCCUCUACCCCCCAACUCCCCUUUUCUCCCCUCACCGCCCCCUCCUCGCGCCUGCACUUUCGCCAAAAAAAAAAAAAGCCGAGAGGAAAAAAAAGAAUAAAAAAGAAUUAUUUUGCACGAAUAAAGGAACGAAUUUUAGCGCACGAGGGAUGUGUGAAGUGGAGACAGAGGAAGAAUAAGAAAGUCGAAAACAAAAUAAAACAAAAACAUAAAAAAAAUAUAUCUCUAUAUAUAUUUUAAGAAAAUGAUAAUAUACCCCCAACCGCCCCCCCCCCCCCUUCCCCACCCCAAUGAGAUAAUGGAAGAUACAGAAGAGGCAAGUUAAGAAAAAAAAAAAUAUAAAUAAACUUGCCAUUAUGAAUUUAUAUCCCCCUCCUACCCCCACACCCACCCAACCCCCACCCCCAUUUUUAAAAGAAUAAUAAUACUUAUAUAUAUAUAUGAUAAUACUUAUAUAUAUAUAUGCAUACAUAUAUAUAUAAAUGAUAAACCAAUAUUCAAACUUUCCUGUAGGGCAAUAAAGCGCAAUACCACCGUAAGCUAAACAAAAAAAAAUAAAUAAAUAGAAUAAAAAAAAAAUAAAAAGAUUUAAAGAGAUGGAAACGGUGUCGUGUCUGGCAAAGAAUUUUACGUGUUUUUUUUUAUAAAUAUAUUCAUUUAAGUGAUUUACUGGAUGCAUAUCGAUGGUGGUGGCAUAAUAAUAAUAAUAAUUAAUAAUAAUAAUAAUAAUAAUAAAUAAUGAUAAACUAAUAAGUAAAUGAAAUCCACCCUUUCAUAACCUUCCCCCCCAACCCCACCCCUACCCCCCCAACCUUUCUCUAAGCCCCGCCCACAAACCUGGCCUCCCAACCCCUACCUCCAAACAAGUGACGAAGGAUGGCAAUACUUUAUUCAGCUUAAGCACCUUAUAAGGAGGAGAAGAAAAAAAAAAGGUCAAAAGCAAGAUAAAAAGAAAAAAAAAAAAGAUUUCAAUACGACAUUCGAAAACGGUAUGUUCACUCAGCGUGGCGGAACACCCUCCUCCUCCUUCUCCUUCUUCUCCUCCUCCUCCUCCUCUUCCCCAUCCUCCUUCUCCUCCUCCUCAUCCUCCUCUCCUCCUCCUCCUCCUCCUCCUCUCCCUCUCCGCCAAGCCGAUGAUGAAUGGAAUAACAAGAAAGUGAGAGAGAUACAUACAUACAUACAUAGAAGGAGGACAUUUUUACAUAUUGGGAUGUUCUGCACCAUCUGGGUUGUAUUUUUUUCCCUUGUCUGUUUGUUUUAUUAUCUCCCGGCCACCGAUCGCAAAGAGGAUGACCUUAGAUGACCUUUUCCGCGAGCACUUGAUGACCUAAUGACCCCGACCUGAGCCACGGGGUUCACUAGGUCACUCACUGUGUUCCCGGAUGGCCUCCAGACGCCAUGGUGCCGCUGUCAAGAUGGCGUCGACCGGUUCUCAAGCAGACAGGCCUUGGACAUCACAAGAGCUACAUGGCGUCAUUGGUUGUUGUGGUCACGUGGUUUUCUUGACGGAGGUUCGUUACCAUCCGCGAAAGAAGAAGAAGACAAAAUAAGAAUAAAGAAAAGAGCUAAACAACCAAAAAAAGAAGGAUAAAUAUUUGGCCUUUCUGUGCAACAACAUCCGCCUCCACGCACCCCCCUCCCACUACCUCUAUCAUGGCCUCAGCAACGCCCCGAAACGUCUCCGAACGGUGAUCUCAGCUCGCGCCUUUGAUCAGCCGAGUCGAUCAGCCAGCCACGCCGCCGGGAACUCACGAGCAAGACGUCCGGCGGCGCGAGGACGGAGUAGUAGCGACGGUACGCAAAGGGCGCCUCCACCUGCGUCGGACCGAGCUUCGACGCUCACGUAACAGCAAGGGUGGUCUGAUUCCAUGCUACUUAACAGGAGACUCAUCAACAUCUAAAACUAAUAUAUAUAAUGAUGAAACAAAGUCUCGAGUAUUUGCCCUACAUUCGCAAACACGAAAAAAAAAUAUUAAAAUGCAGAAGUGAGAAGGAAAUACGAGGUCCUAAAAACCAAUUCCUGAAGACCUGUGCGAGGAGGGUUCAGACGCCAUGCGGUGAAGACUUCAUCGUAGACAGUCUCUUUGGUGAUGGCUUGUGUGACCCUUGACCUGACCUGACCUCGGUAGAUACACCAUUCAUACACCCUUGUUAGGAAGUCGACCUCCUUGGUCACGACUCAAACGGCGUCGCACGGUGCCCUUCUUUCCCUGAAGUGACGUCGUGUCUGAAAGAACCAAGGCCUGCCAGCCAAUCAGCGACGCGAACCAGGACCUACCAGCGAAUCAGCGACGCAAAAUCAGGACCUACCAGCCAAUCAGCGACGCGAACCAGGACCUACCAGCCAAUCAGCGACGCGCUCCCGGAAGAACCAUCAGCUCCUGGGCGAACCGAAGACACAAGAAGACCGAAGGACUCACUUCGAGGUCUGCCGCGGGUGGGACCGUCUCCUCCGCCUUCUCCUUCGACGCCUCCUCCUCCCUCCCCCCCCUCCCAGACUCUCCAGCCCUCGGACACCGGCAGGGAAAAAGGUGGAGAUGGAGAUCACAAAGGAAAACACGGCGAAGAAGGAACGAAAGCAAGAUUCCUGUGACUCCCCGAAUCAAUCUCUCUGGAACGGAACUACAGCGGAAAGAGGAACGAGAUGGAAACGAUGAUGACGAUAAUGAUGAUGAUAAUUUAAAUGUAUAAUGAAGAAAAAAAAAACAAAUCAGCAGAAAUCUUUACCACCUUGGGGAUACUGACUGAUUAAUUUCCAUAUUGUUAGCCCAGGGUCUAGAGGCAAACCUCCCCAGAAAGAAUAUUCAAAAAAAGAGAAAAAAAAAGAGUUUUAUCUUCCCCUUUUAAAAGAAAUUAUAUACAUAUAUAUUCGCUGAUCUACUAGUCGUCCUCACCGAUUUUGUGAUGUUGUAUGUGUUGUAUCUGGAUACCCCUCUAGGCCCUCCCCCUUCCCUUCACCCCCCACCCCGGUAGCUAUGGUGAUGGUACCACUGACCAAGCGUUCCAGGAUGCCAUUGUUGACUAUGGGAAUUUUACCCUCUUGAUAUUUUUUUUUUUCUGUUUCUUUUUCACUUCUAAAAUGAGAGCUAGAAUGUCUCAAGAUCCCUGAGCUGGUCACUGGUAACAUCACUUGCACGAGGACGAAUAUAUAUAUACAUAAAUAUAUAUAAAUAUAUGUUUGUUAUGUAUCAUUUGUUUUUUGGAAAUGUGGCUAAGAUUGUGUAUUAUGAAAUAUAUCUAUAUAGAAGCAUAAUUUCCCAUACA